AUGGUCUUUCUACGCCUCACGGUCAAAAUCUACCCUCCCGAGCAAAUCCAGGCCAGCUCAUCUUUCUCCUUGCGCUCUAUCCUCAGCAGUGAUGAUGUCGCUCGUAACUCAUCGGGAGUGCCGGCUGGGAAGCCAGCGAGCUUCUUGCUCGUGUUGCAGAACCCGGAGGACGUGACGUUGGGUGGAUUGGCGAAGAUGAUUCAGGAAAAGUGGACAAAGUUACGUCCUAAUGUGGAACCCCUGCAGAUCAAGAAGAUGCUCGAUGACGACCAUGACACCGACGAUCUCGAUGUCGAUAUGACUGCGGCCGAUGUUUUUGUGGAUAGAGGUUUGGCUCAUAUCGAUGCUCGGGACCAGCGUGGUACUCUCCGUGUGAUUCAGAAACCUACGCCUUACUCGCCCGCGAGAUUUCCGUCUGUGACUUUGGAUUGGGACGCGGCGGCGGAGGAUUACGAGCGCAGGAUACAGGAUAAGAGGGAAGCGGCUGCGAACUCUGUACACAAGUUUCCUACGAUUGCUGAGGAGGACUCCCAGGCUGGGUCUGUGUCUGGCAGUCAGGACGACGAUCGACAACACAUGCCCACGCCAACUACUCCCGCUCACCAAACCGAUGAACUAGAACGUCGCCGGGACAUGCCUGUCUUGUCGGUUGAAAAAGAGCAUGAGAUUCCCGGAUCCCCUGCACGCUGGGACGAGCAACCACACGUGCAGGAGCAGGACUCACAAGACAACAAUGAGAAAACAAUCGAGGCAACACCACAACACAGACGGUUCGAGAGCCAGGAAUUGGGCGGUUCACCGACCCCGAUGCGUCCAUCUGCGCCUUCGUCCGAGAAGACGGCCGCCACAUCGCAGCCACGUGCUCCUGCGAGCAGAGGUCGUGCCGCGAAUCGUACGAUCAACAAGAUCACGUCUGAGUCGAAAUCCCCACCCCCGAGCAAAGGACAGCACCCAGCUGAGCAGACGCCACCGCUCCGUCACAAGACACAGUCUCUAACGCGGCGGCGUAUUUCCCAUUUAAUGAAGCCUAUUGAGGAUGAUGAAGACGAAGGCGAAGCCAACGAACAAGACAAUGGAAGACAGGAAGAAGAAGGUGGGGAGAAGGACAAUGGUGAUAAUGGAGAGGAGGGGAGUUUUGAUGAUGAUGGCGACGUUGCAAUGGACGACGGUGGGGAUACUUUUACUUCUGCUACGGAGGAAGCGCCUGAGCAAGACCUCGCAGAUGGCGAUGCUCCCGAAACGCGUCAAACCCGCCUUGGCAAGAGAAAGAAGAGCCAGGAAGAUUUGCAGUCAAACAAGGAGCCUCGACUCGACAGGGCCGGUACCCCAACCCAAGAGACUCCUGAACCUCGUAGUAGCAGCCCUUCUGCCAUGCGAAAGCGCGAAAGAGCACCCUCGUUUUCCGGGCCUGGUUGUCGUCCAAGCAUCACGGAACAACACUCGCUUCCAAGAUCGGGUCUUGGGCUGGGGAUUACGAAGAGUCCCCCGCGGAAGCAGCCGACCAAGCCUGACUUCUCAAACAAUUCGACAAAGGCCCCCAAGCUCGUUUUCGUGGACUCGACCAAGAACAGGGAGCAACCGUCGAGCCAGACAACUGUUACUGCCGCACCUGUGUCGUUCAGUAGCUCUCGCAAGUCGCUGACACAGAACGAUUCAACACCUGCCAAACCGCAGACCCCCGCUGACAAGGUUAAGUCGGCGCUGCGCAAAGAGGCGUCAACAGACAAGCGUCGCUCCGUUUCGUUUUCUGAGAAGAACAGCGUGUUUCCAGUUACUAAUGAUUCUCAGUCAAGAUUGCCUUCAGGCCCUGCAGCUAAAGAGCCAGAGAAGGCCAAGGACAAGACAUGGCAGGAAAAGCCACCGACUGCGGGCGUUACUGUAUACCCUGGAGGUGUCACUGCGGAGAAGCUUCAGCGGAUAUUCGAGGAACAACAGCGAGAAGCGGAAAAGAAAAAGCAGGAGCAAGAGGAGAUGGACCGAGAGAUGAGAGAAGCAGAAGCGCGCAAUGCAAGCCCUGAGUAUCUGGAACUUUUGGCGGAGAUUCAAAGAACUCGGGCGUAUAUCUCGGAAAACAAGAACAGUGGCCGUCAAAAGACCCAGAAACAGGUUACCAGCUAUCGUGCCAAAUUGGAUGCCCAGUUACGGGAGCUAGAGUACUUGAAAGCCAACCCGAACGGUCACUCCAAGACUCCGGAGAAAAGGAGGAAGAAGAAGAAACGUGCCUCGCAAGUUGCUGCUGAGGAGAGGAGCGAAGAGAUCAAUACCCCGUCGUCGACCGCCAAGGAGUCUGCGAAAAAGACAAAGGCAGCUCGUCGCGAAAGCUCCUCGAAACGAUCUCCUGCGAAAUCCCCUCCCAAGGAAACCGAAAGUGAAGAAGCGGCCCCUACCGAGACGACGAAUGGUGAUUCCGCACAGACCACGGAAGCUGAAGCUAGUCAGGAACCUGAAACGGCUCCUGCUGAAACUCCUUCGCAAUCUAAGCGCAAGGCAAGUCCUGCAGAUAAGGCUCAGAAUAAAGAGCCGGUUACUGCAUCGUCUAGGAGGACUCAUCGGUCUCGUCGUUCGUUGCGCGCGGUUGAUAAGGCUGAUGCGAUUGACAUAGAUCAGCCGGAGCCUCAACCUGAGCCUCAGCAGGAAAUGGAACAGGAGAAGGAGCCGGAGGAGCAGCAAGUGAACGGGCAAGAGAUGGAGACGGAAGAGGAGCCGGAACGAGAGCAGGAAGGGGAGCAGGGACAGGAGCCGCCGGAGGGCCCUGAGCCUGAACCGGAACCUCAGCCGCAAGACGAGGAAGAAGAUGGAGACAAAACGGAAGUGGGGCAGGAGCAGGGCCAAGAGAGGGAGCAGAUGGAAGCCCAACAAGAGCCCGAACCCGAGGCCGAGCCUGAAGCCGAACAGCAACUUGAGUCUGAGCAGCACGAACCCGAAAAGGAACUCGAGCCUGAGCAAGAACAGCAACCUGAGUCUGAGCCUGAGGUAGAGCAGGAAGCGGAACCUCAAUCGGAGCAGCAACCGCAAGAACCGGAGGAACCCGAAGAGCAGCCCCAAGAGCCAGAGAUGGUGCCAGAAACCUCUCAGCCCCAGCCUCAGGAGCCUCGGGAACCACAGCAAGCUAAGUCUGAGCAGCCUGAGCAACAAUCGCCACAAAAGCCACAAUCCCAGCAGUCUCGACUGUUGUCCCAGGAACAAUCACAGAGCUUUCCCAUGUCUGAUGAUGUGCAUUUGCCUGAAAUGGAGACGAUUCGUACUCUGGACCAAUCGAAGAAACCUGAAGAGCAGCCUGCACCGCAACCUACCCCCGAAGAACCGAAGCCAGCCUCGCCGGAACAAGGAAAAGACAAGGAAUCUUCUUCUGAGGACGAUGAUGAGACUGACUCCGAAACCGGCUCAGGCUCCGACUCCGACUCAGGGUCCGGCUCAAGGUCCGACGACGACGAAGAGCAAGGGCCAGAAUUAACCAAGGCUGAUCUACUCCGUCGCGCCAACAGCACCAACGGCGCCAACGGGACUAGCUCCGCGCGCAACAGCAUGACCAAAUCCCCCGCUCCCUCUCAGCAGCAACUACCGCAAUCCCAACCACUCCCGCAAAACCGCUACUCCUCACCCCGGGGCUCUUCGCAACCCCCCGCCCAAUCACAGCCUCAACCACACAUCCAACCCUUCCAAUCCGUCAACAAACUCUCGAGCGCGCGCGCGAGCCUUCAAGGCCUCAGGAACGUCAUUACCGCCCAGAAACAAAAUUACGACGCGCAGUUGCAGGAGGCGCGUAUGGCGACUGUUACCCGGAAGAAGGAUGUCUUCGACCCGCCGUCGGACAGCGAGUCGGAGGAUGAUAGCGAGAGCGACAGUGACAGCGACAGCGACAGCGACAGCGACAACAACAACAAUGAGAGUGGUGCAGACGAUGGGGAUAUCCAGUCGAGUGGGACCGUUGGGAAAUUGAGGAAGGCGUUGCAGAAGAAAUAG